AUGUUAUUCCUACAGACUUGGUACAUACCACUAUUAGUAUGGUCCUUACUAUCAAACAUUAUCACUGCGAAGAGAAACCUAGUAGCAACAUCAUUAGUUACAUGUAUGGAAAAUUCUCAAGUGUCAUCAAAUAGUUUCGAUGUGGUCUUUAAUCCAGACGAUAGAUCAUUACACUAUACUUUAGAUAUGGUUACUCAAAUUGACUCCUACAUUUUUGCCGAUGUAGACGUCUAUGCAUACGGAUUCAAAAUCAUCACAAAGACAGUUGACCUUUGUGAUAUCAAUUGGAAACAAUUUUGUCCCGUCCACCCUGGUAACAUUGAAAUUGACUCCAUCCAAUAUAUUUCUCAAGAAUACGUUAAUGAAAUCCCAGGAAUAGCAUACACUGUACCAGAUAUCGAUGCAUACGUUAGACUUAACGUUAGGAACAACGUAAGUGAAAGAUUAGCAUGUCUUGAAGUAUUUUUUUCCAACGGGAAAACAGUCUCACAAACAGGUGUUCAAUGGACUACUGCUGUCAUCGCAGGGAUUGGUCUAUUACUAUCUGCUGUCUUGUCUACAUUUGGAAAUUCCACCGCUGCUUCUCAUAUUUCUGCAAAUACAAUGUCUUUAUUCUUAUAUUUCCAAUCCGUCGCAGUCGUCGGGAUGCAACAUGUUCAUAGCGUCCCACCUAUCGCAGCUGCUUGGUGUGAAAAUUUGGCUUGGUCAAUGGGGAUCAUUAGAGUUUCAUUCAUGCAAAGGAUUUUCCGUUGGUAUGUGGAAUCCACAGGUGGAACUGCCGACCUAUACCUAACUGCAACCACUAUGUCUGUACUAACUCAAAGAAGUUUGGAUUAUUUGAAAUCAUUACCUUUGAUUAAAAGAGCUGAUAAUGUUCUUUAUGGGAAUCAAAAUACUUUGAUAUUCAGAGGUAUUAAAAGAGUUGCAUAUUCCAUGAAUAUUGAAAACACAUCUGUCGUUUGUACUGGGUUUACAUUUUUCGUAUUGUGUGGUUAUGUCCUUGCUGGUUUCAUUAUGGUUUGUAAAUACUCUAUUGAGUUAUGCAUUAGAUCUGGUUGGAUUAGGAACGAUAGAUUCUUGGAAUUUAGACAACAUUGGAGAACCGUCUUGAAAGGUUCUUUGUUAAGAUAUAUUUACAUUGGAUUCACUCAACUAACAAUUUUAAGUUUUUGGGAAUUUACAGAAAGAGAUUCAGCUGCAGUUAUCAUUAUUGCAUGUUUAUUUUUAGUGCUUUCCAUCGGAUUAAUGUUAUGGGCUGCCUUUAGAACAUGUUUCUUCGCUAAAAGAUCCAUCAAAGCCCAUAAUAAUCCAGCUGCUUUACUAUAUGGUGAUGAAUACGUCUUACAUAAGUAUGGGUUCUUCUACACUAUGUUCAACGCCAAUCAUUAUUGGUGGAAUAUUGUCCUUUUAGGUUAUAUUUUCAUCAAGUCCCUAUUUAUCGGGUUUGCUCAAGCGUCUGGUAAGACUCAAGCUUUGGCCAUCUUUAUCUUUGACUUGGCAUAUUUUAUUGCUAUCAUCCGUUAUAAACCUUAUUUAGAUCGUCCAACAAACAUCGUUAAUAUUUUUAUUGCCACUGUUACCGUUGUUAACUCAUUCUUAUUCAUGUUUUUCUCUGAUUUAUUUGGUCAACCUUAUGCAGUCUCUGCAAUCAUGGGUUGGGUGUUUUUCAUCUUAAAUGCAGCAUUCUCAUUCUUAUUAUUGAUGAUGGUUUUGGCAUUUACAGGUAUGGCCAUCUUCUCGAAGAAUCCAGAUCUUAGAUUCAAGUCUGCAAGAGAUGAUAGAGCUUCAUUCCAAAGACGUUCAUUCAAAGGUGAUGGAACCAUUAGUCCAUCUGUUGCUCAUGAAUUGGCAGCAUUAGGUGAUAUCGCCAAGGAUCAUAAUGAAAAUUGGGAAGUGGAAUUAGAAAAACAAUAUAAUGAAGAUAAAGAAAAAGAGAAUGUAUUUAUUGGUUCCGAUGAAGAUGAAGACAAAUUUGCUUCCUCUCUUUCCGUUAAUGAAGCUAGUAGAAUAAGUGGAAGGAAACCAACAUUAUCAGAGAAGUUUUUAAGAACUUUUUCCAUAAGGAGGAACAAGAGCAAGGUAUCAAGAGAAUUGAACAGUAGCGCGCCUAAUGAUCGCUCUGCACAAGAAAGUUCUAUGUCGAGUCAAUCAGUAGCUUCUAAUAUAAUACUGAAGAAACCAUAUCCAGGGUUAGAUGAAUCUGAACAAAUAAAACGUGAAUCAGAUUCUCAUAAUAGACUGAUGAGUCAACUUGACAAUGAAUCCGAUAUGAGAUAUAACGAUCCACAAAGUUUAGGAAGAUUUUCUGAAGCUGGUUCUUCUCCUUAUAUGCCUAAACGUGAUUUAAGUUUCGAUAGUAUGCAACAUCCAACUAAAUCAACUGAUAUUCUUAAUAAUAAUUAUCUCUGA